AUGCUAUCUCUGAGUGAGCCCCGAGUGCCAGCUCUGAGUGAGCCCCGAGUGCCAGCUCUGAGUGAGCCCCGAGUGCCAGCUCUGAGUGAGCCCCGAGUGCCAGCUCUGAGUGAGCCCCGAGUGCCAGCUCUGAGUGAGCCCCGAGUGCCAGCUCUGAGUGAGCCCCGAGUGCCAGCUCUGAGUGAGCCCCGAGUGCCAGCUCUGAGUGAGCCCCGAGUGCCAGCUCUGAGUGAGCCCCGAGUGCCAGCUCUGAGUGAGCCCCGAGUGCCAGCUCUGAGUGAGCCCCGAGUGUCAGCUCUGAGUGAGCCCCGAGUGUCAACUCUGAGUGAGCCCCGAGUGUCAACUCUGAGUGAGCCCUGGGAUACUUACUAUCUUUGA